AUGCAUCUUCAAUCUACUCUUGCCCUCGGCCUGUUGGCCAACUCUGUGGCAGCCGCUGGUUUUGACUGCGGCACCUCGGGCUCCAGCAGUAGCCUGAAAGCUCUAUCAAAGGAUCUUGCGAAUAAGCAUCUCGAGAUUCGAGGACAUCCUAAGAACGUAGAGGUCAAGACCUACGUCCACAUCAUUGCAGCAAGCAAGAAGGAAGAAGAUGGCUAUCUUAGUGCAAAACAGAUGGAUCUCCUAAACAAAAGCUACAAGCCAUGGAACUUCUCAUUCAAGUUGAUGAAGACCACCAGAACCAUCAACGAAUCCUGGGCAUCACCCGUCGGCAGCCCAGGUAGCCCCGACACCGAAGGUGAUCUCCGAGCCGCUCUUCGUGAGGGAAGUUACAAGGAUCUCAAUCUUUACUACAUCGUGGACAUGCCUCCUGGUGGAAAGUGUGAGCUCCCUGUUACCAAUCCUACCAAACAGCAAGUUAUCUACGAUGGCUGCCUCAUGAGGCCUACAACGCCUGGCGAGACACCUCCCAAGUUUCACUUUGUAACAGUUCACGAGGUCGGCCACUGGCUUGGUCUGGAACAUACCUUUGAGAAUGGCUGUGAGGAGCCUGGUGACUAUGUCGAUGAUACUCCUUAUGAGGACUAUCCUACCGACCCUGAUACUUGCCCUGAACCGGGCCGCAACACUUGUCCUGACAAGCCUGGACUAGACCCUAUUGACAAUUUUAUGAACUAUGUUCCUCCUGACUGUGGUCCUAAGCGUUUUACGCCCGGUCAGGCUGAGCGUAUGCACAAGCUUUGGAAGAUGCUGCGAGCGAACUGA